AUGGGAGCCCGCGAUAUCACAGUGAGGGAGCAAGGUGACUCUGAUACCGAUGUGGACAUACAGGACCCUUACGAAGGUCCAACACUAGCCCCUGGCGAUUAUGAUACUGAUGUCGAUAUGGAGGACCUUUGCAAAAGUCCAACACCAGCCCCUGCUCCAACGCUAGGCUUUGCUCCCGCCACCUAUUACAACCUGGCUGUGAAGCAGAAAGCCAUUUACCAGCCAACCUUCAAGCACCGAUGCUGGAUGGAAGGGCAAAAAAGUGUCGUCCCAGACGGAAUAGAAUCCACCAGCGACAUCGAGACCAAGCUGCCAUCACAGCGCAGUGGAGGGGUCAGCUUGGCGAUUUAUCUUACAGAACUGGAGAAAGUACAGGGACGACUGAAUGAGUUUUACAACGGCAACAACCGGCUCAUGAAGCACAAGUGGGACCGUCUACUCAAUGUGCUUGGCGGGUCGAUCGACAGGAAGGGAGAUGAAGUCAACAAGGUUGUUAUUGAGAUCCGUCUGGGCAAGUUUCGAUCAAGACGAGACUUUCAUCUUUGUAUGAGUCCUUCCAGUUGUACUUUGUUCAGAAGGCCAGGUCCCUCGGUUACAUCGUGGUUGGGGUGA